CCUGGUGCGGUGGUAGAGACUCACAGUGCAGUACCGUAUGCAGUGAUAGGUGGUGUCCUGGCCCUGCUGGUUUUCACUGUCAUCUGCGUUCUCAUUGUCACCAUCUGGUGCUCCGUCCGGCAGAAAGGUUCCUAUCUUACCCAUGAGGCCAGCGGGUUGGAUGAACAUGGCGAAGUGCAGGAGGCCUUCCUCAAUGGGAACGACGCCAGCCAGGGCAAGAAGGAAUACCUACUGUAG